AUGACACAUAACGGUGGUCAGGUGAACCUGGUGCGGGACGGCCUGGUCCUGGAUGAGAGCCGCUCCCACGGGACGCUGCCCAACCACGACGGCACCUUCCAGCAGCGCCGCUGGGCCCACCCCACUGGAGCCCCGGAGGCACGGCCCCGCUCUCCUGUCGUGUGGCAGGGGCUGUCACCUCCCUUCCCCAAGUCGGGCAGCCUCUCCCCACAGUUCAGCCUGGUGCUCGUUGUCCCUGGUGCUGGUGGGAUGGGAGCCGCGUUUGGUGUCCUCACCACGGGCUUCUACUCGCGCUCCAUCGAGGUGAACCUGGUGGGGGACGGCCUGGUCCUGGAUGAGAGCCCGCUCCCACGGGACGCUGCCCAACCACGACGGCACCUUCCAGCAGCGCCGCUGGGCCCACAUGGAGCCCGGAGCCACGGCCCCGCUCACCCGCCGUGUGGAGCACCCGGGGCUGUCCUAGCCCCUCGAGGUCUUCCUGGUCCGCAAGUCGGGCAUCACCGUGAUGGCCAUUGUCCUGGUGCUCGUUGCCCUGGUGCUGGUGGUGGCCGCUGUCGUGGGGGGAGUCCUCUACUGGAAGAAGAAACAAGCGGGGAAGAGCGGCUACAAUGCCACCAAGACCUCGGAGCGCGGGGAAAACUCAACAAACUCCUCUGCUCCAGCCUGAGGGCCGCCGUGUGCCGUGCUGCCCGUAAUGUUCCUGCAAUGAUGGGGUUCAGGGUGGAACAGUCCCGAUCAACAUCUGGUGGGAAUGAAUCACAGCUGGAGGGUUUCAACGCUGGUUGACCCGAGGCCCGGAGGGGGUUCCUGGCGUUGUGACAUC